AAACCAGAAAGGAAAAUUUGAGGUGGCACUGAGCUUCACUGAACUUGAGUGAAAGAACUGAUACAAGCUGAACUCGGCACUCAGAUUUUCAUUGCUCUGUUCUAUGAACGAAACAUAGAAGAGGGCAAUGAAUUACAGUGAUAAUAUUCUCUCCAAUAGCCCUCUUGUGAAGAACACAAACGAUCAAGCUAAUUGCAAAACACUCUGGACGAAAGAAUCAUCUUCCAAUUCAGACAAUGGAUGGAUGGUGCCCUAUAAAUACUAUGCUGUCAAGGGUCCCAUUUCUGAUUCAAACCCUAAUGUUGACUCAUCCAGUUGGGUUUUGUGUAAUGAGGUUCAAUUGAAAGACAUUUCGUUGAAACGCAUGGAAAUUAUAUACAAGGACACUGUGUCAAAGCUUGUUGCUUUGGGGCACAAUGAGGAUAUUGCCGUGAAAGCGAUUUUGCUCAAUGUUCAUUGUUAUGGCUCCAAUGACUUGGCUACAGACCUGCUGCACUACACCUUGGCUUGUUUAGAAGAGGGGAGCAUGGACAUGUAUGAGUUCAAGCCUGCGUUCUCUGAUUUGAAGAAGCUUGAGGAGCACACUCUGAAGAAUCUUGUGUCUUUGUUGCAAGAAGUGAGACUCGAGUUAGGCGAGGGUGAUGCUAUGUGGUGUCUCCUCAUGAACGAUUACAAUGUGUUAAAGGCAAUUACCAUUCAUGUUCCUUUUGUAAGCAUGUUUCCUCCUCCUUUAACCGAGCUUGAGAACGAGGAACGGGGAUUUAGAAAAGGAGGCUCAGAUAUUCCUUUGAAAGGGUUCUUUUGUGGUAAGGAGAUGACUGUACGUUUACAGAGAGACAUUGAGUUCCCGAAAAAAUUUGAUCUUACUCCUGCCAUGAUUUGUUCGUUGAAAAGCAAUGUUGUAGCGUUUGCUGACGGAUACAAGGCCAACUCAAAACAGGUGCAGCCAAAUGAAGGAAAAUUUCCUGGGAUUAGCACUGUUUCGAAAUUGGACUCUUCAUCUGCUUCUGUGGCCACAAUGCUUGGUGAUCUGCCUGGUGAUUCUCACAAUAUGAAUGACCAGGAUGACUUGAAGUCUGUGCUGAGUAAAUUUCAUCAUCUAAAUAUUGAUGAGAACUUGGAGUUUGUGGCAGAAGAUGAGAAGGAUUCGGUGAUAGUCACUCUAGUGCAUCAGAUAAAGGAUCUUGAGAAACAGGUAAAGGAGCGGAAAGAUUGGGCACAUGAGAAGGCAAUCCAAGCUGCAAGAAAGCUAAACGGCUAUCUAAUUGAGCUGAAAACAUUCAGGAUAGAAAGAGAGGAAAAUCAAAGACUGAAGAAGGGGAAAGAGGCAAAUGAGGAGCUUGAGGACCCUACCAUGGUGAGACUCUUAGAAUUGGAGGAGGCCUUGAGAAAGGUUUGUGGUCAAACGGAUCUUGCAACUGCAGGAGUUGGGAAACUUGAGACGGAGAAAUCUGAAAUCAAAGCAGAGUUAGAAGCUUGUAAAUUAAGUGCAUCAGAGUAUGUCGCAAGCUGCUUGCAAAUUGCAAAAAGGGAGAAAAAGUGCUUAAAGAAGCUUCUGGCUUGGGAAAAACAGGAAGCGAAGAUAAAACAGAAUAUUUCAGAUGAAAAGCAGAAGAUUUUGGAGAUACAAGAAGAGUUGGCUCAGAUUAAACAACGUGCAAAAGAAGCUGAGGUCAUGAGGGAUGAAGAGUUAAAGGCUAAGGAGGAAGCCUUAGCACUGAUUGAAGAGGAACGCCGUUCUAUGGAAGCAGCUGAGGCUAAUAGAAAAAGAAAUCUUAAGGCUUUAAGCCUGAAGAUGGAGAUAGAUUUCCAGCGUCGCAAAGAUGAUCUUUUAAGACUGGAGCAGGAGAUUUCGUGUCUCAAAGCAUCUGCACAGUCUGCUACUUUGCCUACAUGUGAGUCUGAGGAAGCAGAGCCCCACACAGAGAUAAUUGCUAAGCUACUGCAAGAAUUAGAUAACGUGCCGGAUUUUUUUGGAAAAGAAGCCACCGGUAAUACUUAUAGAGAAUGCGUUAUAUGUGGAAAAUAUGAGGUUUCCGUAGUUUUCUUGCCAUGUGCACACCAAGUUAUGUGUGCCAGUUGCAGUGAAGAGUAUGGGAGAAAUGGCAAAGCUGUUUGUCCAUGCUGCUGGGUUCCAAUCGAACAGAGAAUUCGUACAUUUGGGGGAAGUUCGUAGUCUUUGGGUUGGGGUGUGGACAUGAUUAAGAAUAGUUUAUUUACAUAAAAGCUUUGUUCUGACGUCAACUCAACGUUUUGAAGGUCUGAAUAUCUGUUAUUAGCUAGAAAAUAAGAAAUAGGAAAAUAGGAAAAUAAGUGUUUUGAAGGCAUUAGUCAAGGAUUAUAACAUAUAAAGAAUUGAAUAGCACCAAAU